AUGCUGCUGACCGCUUGCUUGUCUAUUUGUACAUCGUACACUACACAAUCUGUCUCGGACCCCUGGUUUGACAAGAUUGAACUUGCAUAUUUGAUGAGCCGCACUACGUAUCCGUACACCGAUAGCACGAAGCGUCCCAAAAGGGAUCUUCCGUAUUCCGGCUACUCGACCCUGAGAAGCCGGGAUGGCAUUUCAGCUCGGUUAUCGCAGAGCUCAUAUCCAUGGACUAGCAGAUUCGCAGUAUCGUCAACCAGCCCCCUCGCAAAUCAUCUUCUUGGAAACAUGGACUUCGUCUUCUCCCUUGUUUGCUGUUCUAUCUAG